GGGACUCUUGACCCCAUUAAUCUAAACCACACAAAGAGAGACUCAUAUACCGUACGACACUUAAUUUUCUACAUAAAGACAUUGAACACUCGGAAGCUUAUCGAAGAUGGAGUGGACUUGGCCGGAGAGUGUGUCGUCGAACCGGCAGAGGGUCGUGGAGGAGUUGGUUCAAGGCCGGGAGAUGGUGAAUCAGCUUCAGAGGUGUCUUAGUGGUGACGUCAGAUCGGCGGAGGGUCUUGUUACGAAGAUCUUGGGGUCGUUCACAAACACCCUUCGUAUCUUGAAUGGGAGUGAAGAGGCUAAAGAGGAGCUCAUCUCUCAGAUUCAAGCCAAUAGUCCUACUAGUACUGUUACAGCUUCUGGUUCUGCUGCUGCUGGUACCGAUUCAUUGUCUUGGGAUGCUCUUGAUGAUGCUGGUAAGUCCGAGGAUUCGAAUGAAGAGAGUUACAAGAGUACCGAAACGUUCAAGGAUCGCAGAGGUUCAUACAAGAGAAGGAACUACUUCAGGUGCACUCAUAAGUUUGAUCAAGGCUGCAAAGCAACCAAACAUGUGCAGAGGAUUAAAGAUGAACCCCAACUCUUUCGGACCACAUACUAUGGCAAUCACACAUGCACUGACUAUCUCAGAGCUCCUGAGCUCAUCUUAGAUUCUUCAAGUUCUCAAGACUCUUCCAAGAAUAUGAUCAGAUUCGACAACACCAACAACGACUUCACCCGCAAACAAGAACAUCCCUUUUUCUCAUCCUUCACAUCGAUCAAAAAAGAGAGCGUCAAGGAAGAAGAGAUGAUCACACCAAUUAAUGAUCAUGAUCAUGUGAUUCACCACAACCAACAAUUGUCGUCGUGUGACUAUCUCAUGUCGCCUGGUCUAGGAGUGUUUGAGUCGUCCGCAUCGACUAUCGCAUAUGAUCACGAGGAUGUGUUUUCUAGGAUAAUGGUGGGAUACUUCGAUGAUGAAGUAGAUUUUCCAUAUGAAUUUUUUUUGUAAUUUGUCUUUAGGAAAAGUCACAUUUUCAGUUUCUGUUGAAGUUAAAUUAGUGGCUUUCUCAGUGUAAAAUAUUUUGUAUACACUUGACGGAUCAUCCAGAAAUAGAAGCGACGAAUUAUUUUUUCUUGUUGAGUAAGGGCUUCUAGCUUAGAGUGAAACUUUUCUCGUCUACUUGGAUGAUGUCUAGUUUUUCUUUUUCCAAAAAAAAAUCAUAGAGGAUAGAAUCAGUUGUUGGGGAAUUAUAAUUCAUUUGUCCAAUUUUCAACAA